AUGUCGUUCUGGAAAGAAGCGUGCUUGAACCUGCGUCAUGCCGUCCCCAAGUCCGGGAACAGCAUCGGUCGCGCCCAAUCCAAGAGAUUCCUCACUUCUUCUUACUCGACUCAGACGCCGCGAGUGAUUGCCUCAAGUCGACUCCCCAUCAAUGCCCGGAGGGACUUCCUGAACCAACAGUCAUGGAUGGCUCGUCGCAGCUUUUCCGUCACGGCCUGUGCUCAGCACGGCCAUAUCACGCCGCCAAAGCCCGGGGAGGAGAUCAACGUGACUUUCAUCGACAAGGACGGCGUGAAGAUUGAACUGCAGGUCUCCGAGGGUGACAACCUGCUAGACAUCGCACAGGCAAAUGACAUCGAGAUGGAAGGUGCCUGUGGUGGUUCUUGCGCCUGCUCGACUUGCCAUGUGAUCGUCGAGGACCCGGACAUGUUCGACAAGAUGGAAGAGCCGUCGGACGACGAGAACGACAUGCUGGAUCUGGCGUUCGGUCUGACAGAGACCUCCCGGUUGGGUUGUCAAGUGGCCAUGAGCAAGGACCUCGAUGGCCUCGUGGUCCGGCUGCCGUCGAUGACUCGGAACUUGCAGGCAAGCGACUUCGAGCCCAAGAAAUGA